CGUCUAAACGGGGUGCAAGCUCUGCCUCGCUGCCGCUGCUUCUGCAGCUGCUACCGCCUCCGCCGCCCUCCCCCCGUUUUCUUAUAUAUGUUGAAGUGGUUCAGCACGCAGCAGUGAUUAGCAAACAUGUCAGAAAAACCAACUAAAAAACCGCCAAAGAAGACCAGGAAGGGCGCCAAAAAUCAUAACCCAAGGCGUAGUAUAAAGCCGUGGGAUCACGACGAUGAUAUUCCCUCCAUGAAAUCCAAGAACCUCAGGGGCAUUAAGGGAGCUAUACGGGCUGUUACGAACCCCAGUUACUGUUUAGAGAUGGGCAUUGGGAAUUUAAACCGGGAUGGUGAAAGUCUUCGGUACCAUCACCGGAAAAAACUCUGGUUGCUUCUGAAGAAGUUAAUGAGAAUGCAGAAUUGGGCCGAGGCCAGUGGUGUUUUAAGUGUUUUGCUUAGAGGGACUGCUAAAGAAAAAUCAAUUUCGAGAAAUCGAAUAAAAUAUUUUGCUACACUAGAGCUUCUCCAACGUAUAAAAGGUGAUAACAUUAACAAAAGAAGAAUGCAGGCUGUUUAUGACUUGUGGAUGAUGAGGUUAGGGCCAAUGAGAAUGCGGCCAGCAGAGGACAGGUUUGCUGCUCUAAAGGAAUAUAUACUUUUCUGUCUAACUCGAGGGGAUACAGAGGAUGCACACACGGCUGCUGUUUGUCUCAUGCAGGAAUGUGGUUUUGAUAGUGAUGCGGUCUCAAACUUGGUUGUCGGAUUGACAUUUUCGCAGUUAUGGUAUUCAAGUAUCCCAAAAGAAAUGCAAUUAGGGCGUUUGAGUAAGUGUGCUACUCCCAUGCAAUUGGAGAUCUCUGGAGGUAGAAUCUCUAUGUCACUUAAGAAUUCUGAGGAGCACAAUGCUAUUGAAUCUCAAGCAACAAAUGUUCCUUCCAAAUGUGCUUCAAACAUCUCUGUUGGCAACUACAAAGGUUAUUCAAAAAAUGAUGAUGUUGAUCAAAAUGGAGAAGUGUCAAUGAAUUUUGAGGAUAACAUGGGCGGACAAUCUCCCCACCAGUUCCAGGCACUAGGGUUUUACAUGCAUUCUGUGGAAAGAAGUGGAGAUGAAGAAUCUACAUCUCCAUUUCAGGGUGAUGUUGUACCUAGGACCUCCAUUUUCUAUACUUGUGGUCUACCGCCAUGGCUAUUGCCUUUGCAACUCCCUCAUUCAACUGAAAAUCUGGAGAAUUUCAUUUAUAUGCAUCGAAACUCACUUAAUGACUACUACAAGAAUGCAUUGAAAUAUUUCCGUGCUGCUCUUUACUCAGAGCCACCAGCAUAUGAGGCCUUUCAUCCUCUGAUACAGAUGCUAUUGGUUGGAGAUCAGGUUCAGGAGGCCUUGAAUGAGGUUGAAAAGUUUUCUUGUAAUCCAGAGACAGCACUUCAAUUAAGAUUGAAGACUAGUUUGUUGGAAUACUUUAAUGAUGGCAACUAUGGCAAACUUCCCACGCAUUUUGAGGACAUCUUGAAGAAGGACCCUACAUGUAGCUACUCAUUGGCUAGACUUGUGAAUAUGCAUCGAAUAGGGUAUUACGGUACUGAAAAGCUUGUUGAGAUGAUAGCAUGGCAUUUGGAUGCUGUGCUUGCAGAGUACAGUACAUGGAAAGAGUUUGCUUCCUGCUUUCUGGAGCUCUCGCAGACUGUGGGAGAUCAAGUAUCAGCAUGUUUUGACAGCAAUGAAGCUGGGAAGAAAGAGAACUUCUCAUGCAAUGUUAUUCAAAUUCCAGCAAUUUUUACCAACCCUGAAUCCCAAUGUACUUGGAGAUUACGGUGCAGGUGGUGGGAGAAACGUCAUUACAGUCGAAAGAUACUUGAAUCGGAAAUUGCAGCAGGAGACCUGCAACUCAUAACCUACAAGGCAGCGGCUGCAUGUCAUCUCUAUGGACGGGAAUUCAGAUAUGUUGUUAAAGCUAGUGAACAAUUAGGGAGGGAAAAAAAUAUUGAAUCGCUGUCUAUUUUGCGUAUGCAUGAUCGGAAUUCUGUUGGAUUUUAUUCUAGUAUUGGCAAGAAAAGUUUAUGAAUUAAGUGCAAUUGAUUAA